CCACCCACGCUAAUACUGGCUUUGGAAGCGUUUGCUGUCACGGAGAACUCCGACGCAUCCGCACCCGUGUCGCCCGUGUCCCAGGAGAGGACUGCACUAACAGCUCCGAGCAUCCUGUGUAUUGGUGAAGACCACCCUCUGAUCUCCAUCGUAAAUCCACCAUGGGGGAGAACAUGAGUAAAGCAUCUGCUCGGCCCUUUCAGAAAGCCUCCUUCCUCACCACUUUCAAGCCCUACAACACCCCCCCCAGGGACAGCAGCACCCCUCCUCGCCCAAGCAUCUUCUCCACGCUGAGACGAUUUCCUGUUGCAAAGUCCAACGAUUUCAUACCGCUCUUCAGCGACUGCAUCGCCGCCGCCUCAUCCAGGACUCAGGAGUACCUCCUCUUCAAGGAUCCCGAGGACAAGUUCCACCCAAGUCCCGAGGUCCUCACUCAGAUCUUCCUCAUGACCUACAUCUCCCAGAGUGUCAACCUCAACAUGACAGACAUCUUCAAUUGCACGGCCAUGACGCCGGGGCAACGUGUCCUGCUCGGGGCCGACUGGGUCUGGGCCGUGUUGGAGAAGCCCACCAAAAACCCUCGCAUCCAAAUUGCUGUGCAGGUGCUCCAUCUGUCCGACAAGGAGGGCGGUGAAGAGAACGGCCAUCUCCCGGAGCCCUGCAGUGAAUCUGUCCAGCUGGCCCAGAGGGAGUCCGGCGACAGGAACAUGUACGAGAGAAUGGUGGACUUCUGCACCUCCAUCGGCAAGGACUGCUACGCCCUCUUCUUGUUCUUGGGGAAGAAACACGACCAAGGCAACAUCUACGGUGUUCUCAGCAACAACUUUGAGGCGGCCAUCGGGAAGUGCAACAAGAUUGACAGAGCUCUUCUGGAGAACUUCUUCAAGGGCUCGCGGUACCUGCAUACACCUUCCGGAAUGAUGCAGGCCAUCAUCACCAAGAAAGAGGGAGAGCCUCUCACCCUUAUGAUUAAGUUCAGCUAAUCCAAAAUACAUGAAAUUACACAGUGCCGUCCAGAUGUAUUGCAACAGCAAGGUAAUUUCCUUUAGUAGACGGAAAACAUUUAGGUUUGACAUCAAAAGAUGCGCCGCACGGUGGUCUAGUGGUUAGCAUGUUGUCCACACAGUCACAGUCUGGAGAUCGGGGUUGGAAUCUCCCUUGGGCAUUUCUGUGUGGAGUUUGCAUGUUCUCCCCGUGUGUGGGGGGGUUUUCUGGGUACUCCGGUUUCCUCCCACAUUCCAAAAACAUGCAUGUUAGCUUCUUUGGAGACUCUAAAUUGUCCAUAGGUAUGAAUGUGAAUGUUUGUCUAUAUGUGCCCUGCCAUUGGCUGGACACCAGUCCAGGGUUUAUUUACCCCUGGACGGCGUAGCGGCGUAGAAAAUGGAUGGAUCAAAAGAUGCAGAGUUCAGCUUUUAUUCCCAGAUAUUUCCAUCUGGAUAGAGCUGUCUACGGGUGAAAAACAAGCGACAGUGAAUUUGAGAAAAGAUAGAAAAUCAGCAGCAUUGCACAAAAAUUGCUCAUAGCCACGACACCAAUUUGGAAUGUCCUGAAGAAGGAAGAAAGCACCGUUGUACUACGUAACAGAUGUGGAACAGGUCGACCAAGGAAAACGUCAGCAGGUGAUGACAGAAACAUUGUGAGAGCUGUAAAGAAAGAGCCUGAAACAACCGAUUCCGUUCAUUGCUUUGAUGGACAGAAUUUCUAGGUGCAGCUAGGGCGCUGAGGGGUUCCGGUUUGGUGGCUGCAGGACUGGGUCUCUGCUUUUUGGAGAUGAUGUGGUCUCGCUGGCUUCAUCGAGCCGUCGUGAUCUUCAACUUUCACUGGAUCGAUUCUCAGUGUGAAGCGGGUGGGAUGAGAAUCUGCACCUCCAAGUCCAUGGUUCUCGCCCAGAAAAGGGUAGAGUGUCAUGUCCGGGUCGGGGAUGAGAUGAGCCUUUUUCAGCAGUGAGGAAAGGAUGGAACGUGAUGCGGACUCUGCAUCGGUCCAUUGUGGUUCUACGUUCCAACACUCAUCUAUGGUCAUGAGCUUUGGGUAGAUUGCAGGUACAAGCGGCCAAAAUGAGUUUUUUCACCAUAAGGUGAUUGGGCUCUCAUACCAGCCUAGGUCACAACCAGAUGUACGAUUUUUUUGGCUGUGCGAUUUUUGGCGUCCCCGAAAUCGGUGCAUUUUUUUUUUUUUUUUUUGUGGAGAACAUAGAUAUGGUGACCAUGAAGGAGUAAGAUCUCAAUACGCAUGGAUGACAUAUGAAAUAUCUGAACGUGUCUUGGCACACUAAUUACGUAUGUGGUGUGCACGUGUGGUGCAAGACACACAUAGGAGUUCGAAAGUGCGACGUACGAAAAAAAAUGUACAUUUUGCCCAAAGCUGACGGCAGCAAAACGUGUGAAAACACACGUUGGCUAUACGGAUGAUGCACAAAGACAUACGAAGUGUGUCAGUUUGUCUGGCAACCUUUAAAAAAAAAUGUAAGCGCCCGUAGAGGUUCUUUGACAUGACAAAGAACCUCUGCGGCCGGAAAAUCAGCACGUCACACGCACACCCUUGAGUUUUUUUGCCUGAGGAGCCUGUACAACCAGUUGUGACCUAUGCUUUAGAGAUAAAGUGAGAAGCACUGUCAUCCAGGACAAACGUGGAGUAGAACCACUGCUCCUACACAUUAAGAGGAGCCAGAUGAGGCGGCGUCGGGCAUCUGUUCAGGAUGCCCCCCGGACGCCUUCCUGGGGAGGUGUUCAGGGCACAUCUGACCAGUAGGAAGCCACUGAGAAGACCGAGGACACAUCGAAGAGACUAUGUCUCUCAACUGGCUUGGGAAGAGCUAGACAAAUCGUCGGACCGGUAGAAGGCCUCGGAAAUGACCAAGGACACAUUGGAGAGACUAUGUCUCUCAACUGGCCUGGGAGGAGCUGGAAAAAGUUUCCAGGGCUUCCCUGCCCCUGUGACCUGACCCCGGAUAAGCGGAAGAAGAUAGAUGGAUGGAUGGAUGGACAAAUGUUGUUGACAUCAGCAACAAGCCGCAGAGGGCAGGAGUGAAGUCACCACUAUGUACUCUUCAUUGAAGGCCUCGUGAACAAAAGUGCAAGGACUACACCAGAAGAAGCAAAGCAAGAAGAACAGGUAGGCCAGGCUGGAAUUUGCCAAACAAAAUACACAUAUGACCCUCAACAAUUCAUCAGUCCAGAGAACUUCUGUCUCAAAAUCGUUGCCGCCGUCAAUCACAUGGCCCAAUACUGUUGUGGGUUGAAGCAUUAAGGUGCUAUCGUCCAAGUUAUGCAUCCAAACCAGAUGUAAAUAUCAGGAAAUAAAAGCUGAAAUGUUGUCGCCCUUUGAUGUCAAAGCCAAAUGUGUUCAGUCUACAGCAAAAAUAAAGUUUUUGACCUCACUGUCCCAAUACUUGUGGAAGGCACUGUAUGUCAGAUAUGUUAUCUGACACAAUCAUAAAGUCAACCAAGUGAAACAAAUCCCAUUAGGAUCAAUUCUAUAAACCCUAUAACUACCCUAUUAUGGCAACUAACCAAGUCAACUAUUAACUAUUUAACUAUCUAUGACUAUAACCAUAUAAAAAUAAACUGCAAACACAUUGCAUAAACAGCGAAAACAGUGUUGAAUUUUUGCUUCAAGUCUGUUGGGCAUGAAACACAAUCGGAUGUCAAUUUCAGCCUGUUUGCAGAUCGCCAUUUUGUGACAUGCAAAAAGGUGUGUCACAAAGACGAUAAAAUAAAUAUUACAGAACGGUGGAACUUUGAUUUUAGCUGUUGUGAUUUCCGAAGUGCGGCAUCUGCAGCUAUGCGGACUCUGCAUCGGUCCGUUGUGGUGAAGCGGGAGCUGAGCCGAAAGGCAAAGCUCUCAAUUUAGCGGUGGAUCUGCGUUCCUACCCUCAGCUAUGGUCCUGAGCUUUGGGUCGUGACCUAAAAGGACAAGAUGGCGAGUACAAGUGGCCGAAAUGAGUUUCCUUUGUAGGGUGGCUGGGCUCUUAUAGAUCUGGUCAGGAUGUCUCUCGGCCGCUUCCCUGGAGAGGUGUCAGGUCACAUCCGACCAGUAGGAGGCUUCAGGGAAGACCCAGGACACAUUGGAGAGACUCUGUCUCUCAACUGGCCUGGGAGGAGCUGGACGAAGUACCCAGGGAGCAGAAGUCUGCUGCCUUCACGAGCUGACAGGUAAAGCUCUCA